CUAAACAACCCGUCAGACCAUAGCAGUGCAGAAUAAACGGAGUGAAACACAGGGGAAAGUUACUUUAAUUUAUUUAUAUGACAAAUGUUUGCCUCAGUCGGGUCAGAGGAUGGGCUCAAGACUGUGACACAGAGCGCAGGUUUUUGUGGAUUGUUAUGUCCUCGCAAAUUUGAGUCGGUGUGGCACCUGAGUUUCUUCAAGGGUGGUGGAUUGCAUCUGUUCAACCAAUGGAGGAGGAAAAGGUCCAAAUCACACAACUAUCGCCUCCUGCCAGCUCUUCGCAUCGGACAAGAGCCUUUGAUGACCGGGGCCACCUCCUGAGCCUUGUUCCCGAGCCUGGCACACUCUCUCCCUCCUCUCCCUUACCUUCCCCCUCCUCCCCCUCUCCUCCAGGCUCUGCCGUCCAUGCCCUGCAGUCCAAGGUGAAGGCUCUCUCCCAGAGAUCCGGCGGGAGAGAGAGAAAGAGGGAUUGGGAGGACAAGAGGGCCUUAGAGCUCCAGGCAGGGGGGCCUGUCUCGUCCCAGGCCCGGCCCAGGCAGAAGGCCCGCAGCAGGGUGGAGGUGCCACAGCCUGUGCCCUUCCAGUGCUUUGACCAAAGGAGGAGGUCCAGCAGUAGUGAAGAUGAUGUGGAGGAGGAGGUGGUGGCCAGGGUACAGCUCCACACCGACCUGACAGAACCACAGAGGGAGCAGGAGAGCUGGGGUGCCAUGGGUAAGGAGGCAGAGAAGGGGGAGAGGGAAGGCCUGGCUGGAAGUGUGCCGGGGCAGCCUCAUGGGUUUGGGGAGGGGGCCAGCUUGGAGAGCUUGGACAACAUCCAGUCGGACAGCACCGGCGGAAACAAGGAGGACCCCCCUCCUUCUCCAAAACCUGCUCCUUCAUUCUCCUCUACCUCUUCUUCUUCCUCGUCUCCCUCCUCUCACAGACACUGGGCGCCCCCUAAAGGCUUCUGGAGGGUGGCACGCCCAGAGACUCCAUUUCUGAGCGGAGUGGGCACUCAGACUACGAUGCCCAUAGCCUCGUCAUUUGUAUCUCUGAAGGACGAACCCCCUGCUAAUGCCACCCUGUCAGGGUUUCAGAGGAAGUCGAGACUGGCUUCUGUGGAUUCUGUAGUAGAGGACAAGGACGAGAACAAGGGCUGUUGGGACAUGCUGCGUUCAGACAGCCUGGACUGCUACCUGGAGAGGUGUGAUAAGAGGGAAGUGAAGGAGAGGACGGACUGCGUGGGGGGGCUGUGGAGGGCGGAGAGCUGGGAGAGCGUGUGCUCGCAGGAAGGGACGCUUUCGCUGUGGGAGACCGUGGAGGCCAACCAGAGAGCCAGAGGGCGGUCGGUGAACAGACGAAGGAACGCCAACAGAGAGGAGGAGAAAGGCAGUGUGGACAUCCCGUACCUCUGUGUCGACCAGAUAGACAAGAGAGAUGUGUCUCUAGACGCAUCUGCCUUCCGGGACCAUGAGUGGGAUUCAACCAUUCCACAACAAGAGCUGCUUGAACUGCCUGGGUCACACUUCAACCCUGACAAAAUUCCCCUGAGCCCCAGACACGAGCGGGCCAUGCUACUGCUGGAGAGGGCUCGGUUAAAAGCCUGCUUCAAUCAACCCAAAGGGGAUCGCCCCCCAACUCGCCGUGCCCAUUCCGCCCAGAGAUACAACCCCAGGAGGCAGCAGUCUGGGAGUGGUUCACCACCGCUCCAAAAGGCUGUGGCUGUACAACCAAAAGAAGAGCUGACAGACCCUCCCUCACCCGGCCCACUCCUCAUCCCACAAAGGAAAGAACCCUUCCCUGGGGGGCGUAAUUGUCGGUAUGGUAACUCGCCCACACGGGUGCGGUUUGAGGACGAAUCAGAGAAGGAAGUGGAGUCUCGCUACCUGGAUCGGGUGAGGGAGCGUGGGCGGGCCACGGGUCAGAAAUCCAAGGGCAUUCUGGAAAAGAAGACAGUGCGUAGCAUCAGCAUUACAGGCCCUACUCCAACACUGGAGGAUGUCAGUUUCACGAACGCUGCUACAGCGGUAGUGGUGGGGGUGAGGAAAUGUGAAGCUUGUGGAUCUAUUCUUAGGGAUCCUCCGGUGCCCGAACCAGAGACUGCUAUGGCCCAGCCCGGCAAUGUGGAGGAGAAUCAGGGGAAGAAGGUCCCUCGCUGGGUUCCCCCAGCUCAAUCAGAUGGGAUCCCCCAACUAGACCAGCCCAGCAGUGUCCGCCCCAAAGUGGCAGCGGUCACCUUCGGGGAGGUCCUGAUUCUGGGAGAGGACACAGAGGGCAGGGCCGGGGGUGGAGAGGGGGAGAAGGCCUCAGGUUUUGGGAAGCUGAGGAGACGCAGCAAGAAGGGAGAGAGCCGGCUGAAACUCGUCGGAUCGGGUCACGGCCCCUAUGGUGCCUCGUGGGCCCACCGUCGGAAUUCCAACCCCAGAAACAGGGUCAAUGUGUGCAGGCGAGCCGUCACCUUUGCUCUGGGCAGCCCUGUAGCUCUGGACCGCCCUCUGGUGGGAGCCUCCGGAAACAGCAUCCCCAAGGACAGGGACGCCCCCACUCCGCCGCUGCCCAUUAAGUCAGCUCUGAAGUCAGGCUCCAAGAGCAGGGCAAGUGGGCAGCGUGUGGUCAAGCUCCUGCCUUCGGUUCAGUAUCGACUCAUCAAUCUGGAUGAGACCGGGGGGCACCAUGACCUCAUCACCGCAGAGCAGCAUGGAGAGGGUCCUAUCUCUGCCCCCCCAGGGUCUCCCCCUAGCUCCGCCUUGGUCCCCUGCAUCCGGUCAUCCUCCCUCAGGUACUCCCCUGCCAGGAUCACCCCUGACCUCCCUCCUGCGGAACUCUGGGAUACUGCUGCAGAUGGAGCUGGUCUGGUGCUGAGUGGAGAUGUGUGUCGAGAUCUGUCGGUGGCUCUUCCAGAGUGCCGCCCUGCGCUGCGCUGCUUGGGUGUGUCCCGAGCUGAGGACCUGAGGGCGGAGCUACUGAGAGCAGAGCACCUGAAGGCGGAGGCUCAGUGGGACGACGGCCUAGAGGGGGCUCGGAGGUCUAUGGCAGAGCGGGACAGUAGACCCAAGCUCUCACUGCGACGGUUCUUCUCCUCCAUUGGGCUGCACAGUGUGGGCAGGCUGGUGAAGGGAGGGCGCUCCAGCAGCAUGGAACAGCUCAGUAUCUCAGCGCCCCGGGCCAGCUCCACCUCACCCAGCCCCACCCACAGGCUUCACCCCAACGCCCGCCUGCAGAGGACCCCCUCGCUACAGGCCCUGCGCACACUGUCCCCACUGGCCCAGCUUCGGAAAGCAUCCUCUGUGCAGAGUCUGGAGAGGAGAGUGGAGCGUUCAACCAUUCUGGGAGGGGUGCCCGUGCCUUACAGCCUGGCACCCAGAGUGAUCCAGAGAGCCCUGAGCGUGGAAGAGGUGUUAGCCCCUCGGGUGUUGCGUCCCAUGGGGCGGGUCGUCCAGGCCUUCCCUGAUGGGACCCUUCUCCUAGAGCUCACCAGACCCCCCAAUGGCCCCUUUGGUUUUGUCAUCUCAAGAGGCAAAGGUCGACCGGUCACAGGUGUGUAUGUGGAGCAGGUAGGGGACGGUACUGAGGACGGCCUGUACUCUGGGUUCCUGGGUGCUGGGGAUGAGAUCCUGGAGGUGAACGGGGAGGCGGUGGCUGGACUGACCCUGGAUCAGGUGACACGCCUCAUGACCAGCAACAGCACUGCCUCUAUCCAUAUAUCCUGCCACAAUGUCGGAACCAGCGCAGAGCAAUGCAACACUGGAAUAUUUCAUUAUCCAUUUCAAUGAAAUAACACACUGGACACUGCCCCAUGAUGAUGUCAUGACGAAAACAUGAGAAUGGAAAUAGGCAAGCAUAAAGAGAGAUUUUUUUACUCAGGGAGAACCAAAGGAAGGACAUAAUCAAUCUAAUUAUGCUUGUCCAUUAUUAGGUCUAGUCUUUGAAGAUUCAGGCAAAUGUAAGUACUGGUAAAUCACUGAAAAACUGAUGUCAGAUAAAACAGAGAAAGAAGAUGCUGCACCUAAUGGUCAUUUUGCAUUUCACA